CUAUAAUCUCACCACUUUGGAGGCUGAGACGCUCCAGGCCAUAGUCCCUUCCCCAGCUAUGGCUCCUGGGGCUCCCUCAUCCAGCUCCAGCCCUAUUCUGGCUGUGCUACUCUUCUCUUCUUUGGUGCUGUCCCCAACCCAGGCCAUUGUGGUUUACACGGACAGGGAGGUCCAUGGUGCUGUGGGCUCCCGGGUGACCCUGCAUUGCUCCUUCUGGUCCAGUGAAUGGGUCUCAGAUGACAUCUCUUUCACUUGGCGCUACCAGCCUGAAGGGGGCCGAGAUGCCAUUUCAAUCUUCCACUAUGCCAAGGGACAACCCUACAUCGAUGAGGUGGGGGCUUUCAAAGAGCGCAUCCAGUGGGUAGGAGACCCUCGCUGGAAGGAUGGCUCCAUUGUCAUACACAACCUGGACUACAGUGACAACGGCACCUUCACUUGCGAUGUCAAAAACCCACCAGACAUAGUGGGCAAGACCUCUCAGGUCACACUUUAUGUCUUUGAAAAAGUGCCAAUUAGGUACGGGGUGAUUUUGGGUUCCGUGAUUGGAGGUGUCUUCGGGGUGGUGCUGUUGUUGCUGCUGCUCUUCUACCUGGUUCGAUACUGCUGGCUCCGGAGGCAGGCGACCUUGCAAAGGCGGCUCAGUGCCAUGGAGAAGGGGAAAUUGCACAAGUCUUCCAAGGACUCGUCGAAGCGCGGGCGUCAGACGCCAGUGCUGUAUGCCAUGCUGGACCACAGCAGAAGCACCAAAGCUGCCAGUGAGAAGAAGUCUAAGGGGCUGGGGGAGUCUCGCAAAGAUAAGAAAUAGCGGUUAGCGGGCCGGGCAGGGGGUCGGGGGUCAGGGGCUGAGUCCGCCAAAGGAGCUCAAGUGGUGGUCAUCGAGAUGGAGCUUCGAAAGGAUGAGCAGAGCGCGGAGCUUCGGCCUGCUGUCAAGUCCCCCAGCAGAACCAGCCUCAAGAACGCCCUCAAGAACAUGAUGGGCCUGGACUCGGACAAGUGAUCGCCACCCCCAGGCCCCACCCGAGCAGGGGGACCUAGGCUCUUCUCAUCCCCCAGUCUAGGUGCUUUCCUCCCUUGCUCCCCAGCCCUGCCCUGCCCUCACCUUCCUUUGAGAUGUAAGUUUCGUUCCAAAAUUCAUUCCUAAGCAAUUGUACUCUCACACCUUAUCCCUGGUUUUCUGGGAGCCCAUGGACUAAUCCUACCCCUUCCCUGCCCCAAGGGCUGCGUGUUUGGUGCCUGUCCCUCAGGCACUGAGAAGAAAGGGACCUUGAAAGCCCCUGCCCCAACUCCAAGCCACCUGGUUUUCUCAUCCUGUGUACUUCAGCUUGACCACCAUGGAUCUUGAUUUUUCCUUCUCUGUCCCUCCCUUUCCUCUAUCCGGUGGCCCAGCUCCACAUCCUCUCCUCUGACUAACAUACAGAGCAGUCUGUCCUUCAGGGUUUAGUUAGGUUAUUGAUUUUUUUUUUAUUUUUAAUCCAUUCUUUUUUGUUGUUGUUGUUGGUUUGGUUACCUGUGCCGGUGCUCCCUGCCCUUUACUCCCAUGACUGAGGACCAAUGACGUCAUGUAGCUUUUGCAGGUCCCCACUCCCAUUAAGUCCUAAAUGGAGAUCCAGCCAGCUCAAACAGAGGGGCCCCUGAUCCUCAGACCUCAUUAUAGGCUUGAUGCCCCUUGACCACUUUGGAACACUGUUCUGGAAAUCAAGGUCUUGGAGAAAGAGUGACUAACAGAGAGAGAGAAGGAAAAAGAGAGAUAAUUGAUUCUCACAAGUCAGAGGCAGAAGAGGGAACAAAUUAAUACUAAGAAAUGGCUUUAACAAGGAGAAAGGGGAGGAGGGUAGAAAAUAGGGGGAAAAAGAAGAGGCUGUACUUUCAGCCACAGGGGAUUCUUAGGAUUUUUCUACAUUCUGUAUAUUGCUU